GAGAAAGAGAAGUAGCACAGGAAGUGACUGAGGUCUCGGUUAAGGCAUAGAAACGGUGAUGUUCACUAAGAGGCUUCAACUCUCCUACCAGCCACAGUGCAGCAGACAUUUUCUACUCUGUGUUCUUCUUGGAGUUCUGGUUGGUUAGACGAACAGGCUGGAGGGAGGCCUUGGGUCCAGUCUGCUGAGGAGGAUUUCUUCCAGGAAGUCUCACCAGCGCAACAACAGUCCUCAACCCCAAGAGGCCAAUGAAAUGGGGGGAAAUGGAGACGACAGCGGGCCAGGGAGGCUGAGCCGCAGAUUUUCUCGCCUGGGCAGCAGGCAUCAGUCCAGGGAUCCUCCAAGACCCCCAGUUCAGCCAGAAAGACCUCCUGCUCUGCCUGUUCACCAAGAUGGCAUGCCCUCUCCACCAGCCCCUGCUCCUUCUCCAGCUCCAGCUCAGGCUCUGGCUCCUCUCCCCCAACCCAUGAAAAUACCACCUAAACGCCCAGACAAAGCCACAAAGCCCAAAAUUCCCUCUCGGCCGCUGUCCAAGGUGUUCAGUAGCCCUGAACAUGGAGCAGCUGUGUUGCAGGGCUUUGAUACUUUUCGGGCAGAUGAGACUCUCUGUGAUGUCAUCUUAGUUCCUGGGGACAGCAAGGAAACUUUCCCAGUCCACAGAGUCAUCAUGGCGUCAUCCAGUGACUAUUUCAAGGCUAUGUUCACAGGAGGCAUGAGGGAGCAGGAAAUGAGAGAGAUAAAGCUGCAUGGGGUCACUAAGCUGGGUUUAAAGAACAUUAUAGAAUUCAUUUACACAUCCAAAGUCACCCUCAACAUGGGUAAUCUUCAGGACACACUGGAGGCUGCAAACUUCUUGCAGGUCAUGCCUGUCCUGAACUUCUGUAAUCAGCUUCUGAGCAGUGAGCUCACUAUUGAGAACUGUGUGGAGGUUGAGCACAUCGCCACAGACUUGCUUCUGGAGGACGUUCAGCUGAAUAUAGGCGAGUUUGUGAGCCAGAACCUCUCAGCGUUGGUGGAGUGUGGUCGCUACCUCCACCUCUCUGUAACCAGCAUGGCCAACGCUCUGUCCAGCAACUCCCUGGAGGGUUUCUCUGAGUUGGAGCUCUACCACAUCGCCAGAGGAUGGCUGGACUACGACCACCCCAAUCGCCGCUCCUCUGUCUAUGCCUUGAUGCGCCAUAUUCGCUUCCCACUGAUGAGCCCCAAUGAGCUGAUUCAGAUCUCCCAGGAUGAUGAAGAGGGAGGAGACUCCAUGAUGCGCUCUGAGACGGCCUGUGUGAACCUUCUGCUGGAGGCCAGCAACUACCAGAUGAUGCCUUUCAUGCAGCCUGCUCUGCAAACUGAGCGGACACAAAUACGCUCAGAGGCCACCCACAUUCUGGCACUGGGUGGUGUGAUGCGACAGCAGCUGGUGGUGAGCCGGGAGCUGAGGCUGUAUGAUGAAAAGACCAGCCAUUGGAGGGCCCUGAAGCCCAUGGAGGUGCCGCGUUACCAGCAUGGUGUGGCUCUUCUAGGCGGCUUCCUCUUUAUUGUUGGAGGCCAGAGUACUUAUGACACCAAGGGUAAGACGGCCAUAGACAGUGCCUACCGCUACGACCCGCGCUUCGACAAGUGGCUUCAGAUUGCUUCACUCAAUGAGAAGAGGACUUUCUUCCACCUGAGCACUCUGAAGGGGAAACUGUUUGCAGUCGGAGGAAGGAAUGCCUCAGGAGAGAUUGACACGGUGGAGUGCUACAACCUGAAGAAAAAUGAGUGGACAUUUGUGACCAAUAUGAUGGAGCCUCACUAUGGACAUGCUGGAACAGUUCAUGGUGACCUCAUGUACAUCUCAGGUGGCAUCACCCGUGACACGUUCCAGAAGGAGCUUUGGUGUUACGAUCCUGUCGAUGACACAUGGAGUCGACGAGCCGACAUGAUGGAGCUCCGUGGCCUGCACUGCAUGUGCACCGUGGGAGACAGACUCUUUGUCAUGGGCGGGAAUCACUUCCGAGGGAGCAGCGACUACGACGACGUCCUGGGCUGCGAAUACUACAGCCCAGAGACAGACCAAUGGACAGUGGUGGCGCCAAUGCCAAGGGGCCAGAGCGACGUUGGUGUGACAGUGUUUAACGGGCAGAUCUACGUGGUGGGAGGGUAUUCCUGGAACAGCAGAUGCAUGGUUGACAUUGUGCAGCGGUAUGAUCCAGAGCAGGACGUGUGGGACAGGGUGUUCAACGUGCUGGAGCCUCUGGGGGGGAUUCGUGCCUGUACGAUGACAGUUCAUCUACCGGAGGGUUCAGUGGAUGAGGCUCAGAUACAAGAGUGUCCACUGUCCACAGCUAAAAGCUGAUCGUGCACCACAGACAGGGGGUUUCCUAGUUUUGCCACUGUCAGACCAGAAUUGACAAAAUUUGCCUGCAUGUUGUGGCGAAAGGAAGGCAAAACAGGAAAUAGUGUGGGUUGCAAACACAAGCUGAAGGUGCACGAAUAAUUAGCUAGCUAACAUUAGCAUUCAACAGUGUGAAAAUUCUACACCUUUCUAUCAAACACUUUACUGUCUUUAGUACCUUUUGCUGUCCUUGCAUUUAUUGUCAGCCAUGCAACAUCCCUUCUGCUCUGCUGCUUGUGUUUUUUCAUUCUUCAGUAUGUAAAAGGAAACACUCAAUACAUCCUCAGUGAAAGGUCAACCUUACCCUCCCUCUCAAAUUGGCUGGACAUGAAUUCAUUAGACAUUGGGUUUCGCUGUUUCAGGUCAAAGUUAAAUCAGAUUGACUCUCUGAGGGAAAGGAAUCAGGAUCAGUUAGACAGAAGGCAAAGCAAUCUCUUCACUGCAAUAAAGUAAAUGGCCUGAGUGAUUUUUUGUGUAAACGCAGCUUUAGACUUCAGCAUGGAAAUAAUGUUAUCAAAGGAUAAAGCUGGCAUUAUUUUAUCUUUUCAUUACUCUCUACUAAUCAAAAACAAUGAUGACUUUAUCUUGAUAACAAGUGCAGUCUGUGUAACUACAGCCUGACAUAGAGUUUGUGCCAGCAUGUCAGAGAACUGUCAUCUAUGAUGACGCACAAGCUGAGAGGAAUAAACUGAGCUCUCUUCAUAUCAUAAUGAAAGAUGAAGGAGUCAUGAGACAACAUGUCUUUAUUAUGAUUUAGAACUUGAACUGGGACUGUACAGAAGAAAGAGGAAAUUCCCUCAAUAAAGACUAAUAAAGCAGGUUUCUUCUCUUUUAUGGUUAAGAGCAGAAGAUCUGGAGUCAUUACUCAUUAAAAAGUAAUUGAGGACAAACAGCAAGAAGCCUCUAUAUUUAUACUCUAUACUGCUGUACCUUGUUGCUUUAACGCUAGCUCAGUCAUUUACUGUCACAGCGGGGAAAAACUGAUGAAUAAAUGUUUGCUUUGUUUUGUAUAUUUAUAAUUUUGAUAUGCAGUGUUUUAAGAUUAAAAUAAAAUGUUGAUUAUGA